AUGUCUUCUGCUGUUAAACAUAGACCUGGCUAUGGGAUUUCUAUGCAAAAUGAGAGCCAAGGUCAAUAUUCUGACUUUAUCCUUCUGGGACAUUCCACUCUCCCUGAACUACAGUUCCCAUUAUUCUUUAUAUUUCUGCUCAUUUAUCUGCUCACCAUAACAGGAAAUUCACUCAUCAUAACCUGCAUUUGUCUGGAUGCUCAGAUUCAGAUCCCAAUGUAUUUCUUCUUACAAAACCUCUCUUUCCUUGAUUUAUCUUGUUCGUGUAAUAUUCAGCCCAAAAUGUUGCUUGGAAUCAUAACAGGGGAUGGUGCUAUAUCUCAGAUAGGAUGCUUUAUACAACUCUAUUUCUUUGCCAGUCUGACUGUCACAGAGUUUGUUUUGUUGACAGCAAUGGGAUAUGACCGAUAUUUAGCAAUCUGUAAGCCCUUACACUACCCUCUUCUGAUGAACAAAAAAACUUGUUUCCUGCUGGUCAUUAUCUGUUGGGUGGUUGGAUUUCUGGAUCCACUGGCUCACACAAUUGCUAUAUCUCAAUUACCUUUUUGCAGGACACAUUUGAUUAAUCAUUUCUAUUGUGACUACUCAGCAUUACUAAAGCUUUCCUGUGUUAAAACAACUCUGAUAGAGAGUAUGGCCAUUCUUUUUGGCUCCCUAGUUGGAUUUUCUACAUUCAGCUUUACUUUGACUUCUUAUAUUUCCAUCAUCUCCACCAUCAUAAAGAUCCAUUCUGCUACUGGGAGGCAUAAAGCUUUCUCCACUUGUACCUCCCACCUCACUGUGGUCUUGCUGUUCUAUGGCACAAUUAUGAUAGUUACAUAG